GACCUCAUUGUGGAUCAGACCAUAGAGAAGGUUUCGUUCUGCGCCCCCGAUCGCAAUUACGACAAGGCUUUCUCCUACAUAUGCAGAGACGGCACCACCCGGCGCUGGAUGUGCCACUGCUUCAUGGCGCUCAAAGACUCGGGGGAGAGACUGAGCCACGCGGUCGGCUGUGCCUUCGCCGCCUGUCUGGAGAGGAAGCAGCGCCGCGAGAAGGAGUGCGGCGUCACGGCUUCGUUUGACGCCAGCCGCACAUCGUUCGUUCGUGAGGGAUCGUUCCGCUCAAACCCAACCUGCCAGCAGAGCAGCGACAGAGAGGACAAGCUGCAGGACAAGAGGAAAGACCAGCCCUCCUCUGUCAUGCCGACCCCCGCCCCUGGCUCCGCCUCCCCUCCCGAGGGUGAGGAGUACCCGAUGGACCGGUCAGAGCCCGGGGGGCCGCGGGCGAUCCCUCGCCGCCACGCGCCCAUCGAGCAGCUGGUGCGGCAGGGGUCCUUCCGGGGGUUUCCGGCCCUCAGCCAGAAAAACUCCCCCUUCAAACGGCAGCUGUCGCUCCGCCUCAACGACCUGCCGUCAACGCUGCAGCGCAAGACCGACUACCAGGACAAGAACCCUGAGAUGAACCUGGGGUUGCAGGAUGAUGACGACGGCACCAUCAACGCUCUCUGCAGCCAGAUCAACAACUCCUUCACCAAUCCAGCAGAGGAGAUGUUCCACAACCCCUGCUUCUCUUCAAACGGCCCUCCAGCCUGCACCGUGCCCCCCGCCCUGCCCCCACCACCGGGAACCCUGCAGGGUAAUCCUUCCUGGGUGCAGCCGGAGCUCCACUCCCCUCCUCCUGUGGCGAUGCAGAUGCAUUGUGGACACCGGCGCACCCCCUCCGAGGCCGAGCGGUGGCUGGAGGAAGUCUCCAAGGCUGUGAAGGCUCAGCAGACCCCUCCUCCAGGCCCCUCCAUCCCCAUCAUCCCCGGAACCCCCUCCAUAUCUGCUGUGUCCACCAUCCCCAUGUCCCUUGGCUCCAUGUCCAAACCUCUGCUCUCGGGCCCCCCUACUCUCUUAGCUCAGGCACCAAUGCCCCUCCCACCCAUGUCAAUAUCAUCAGUUCCUCUAAUACCCGGCCCUCCAGUAUCUGGUCCCCCUAUGUCUCUCCCUUCCAUGUCCAUCCCCACCAUGUCCGGUCCCAGUAUGUCCGGCGCCUCCAUGCUCCAGCCUUCCCUCUCAGGGCUCCCAGGCUCCAUGCAGCCCUUCCCCUUGGCUUUUGACACCACCCCCGCUCCGGUGGGGAUGUUCGGCUCCCAGCCUGUCCAGCCGGCCUUCCUUCCCAUGCAGACGUACAUGCCCGGCCUAGCCAGCUCUAUGACAUAUCCCAACGCCAGCGUGCCUGUGGUGGGCAUCACUCCGUCACAAAUGGUGGCGAACGUCUUCUGCACGGCAACAGGCUCAUCAGGUGGAGGUGGAGGUUUAUCGAUGGGACUGGGAAUGACCGGGGUGCACCAUUCCUACCCUGGAUUACCGGGGUUUUCCACACCACCUUUCUCUCCCACUCCUCCGUUAUCAUCAGCCCUUAAUGGCCUCCCGCCGCACAGCAGCGCCUCCAUGGGCCUCCAGAACGGGACGUCCAGCAGCGGGAGCAGCUGGCCUCCAGAGGGCAGCCAGCUGACAGCUCCAGCACCCCAAGAAGAUGAUCGAUUCGAGGCCAAGUGGGCGGCUCUGGAGGCUAAACCUCCGCAGCCGGGGAACAAAGCACCAGCUGCAGCGGCAAACCCCUUCUCCAACAAUCUUCAGAAGACUUUUGAGAUUGAGCUUUAAGCGAGAGUUGACGUCCCAAAGCUGUAGACCUGGAGUUAGACCUGGAGUUUAAACGGGAUGCAGGUCUUAAAGUUAGCCUAGCAUCCAAUCUGCCCAGCAACCUGCUCAAAGCUCUCAUAGGAGUUAAUGAUAUAAUGAUCUUAAUUGCUUUCUUGACACUCCCAUGAGAGCUUUGAAGACGUUGGCGCUUUGCUCGGCUGUGAUUUGGAGGAUCUAGCUCACAAGACUUGAGGGAUUGAAUCCUCCGCUCCACCCGCUAACCACCUCCCUGCUUUCACUGCUCUACUCCGACUUUACCUUAUUGCUGCAAGUCCCUGGAUGUACUGUACGUGCCCCCCGCCUGAGGACAUUAUAGAGGGGCACAACUCAGUGGUUUCUUUCUUAAAAAGCGGGAUGCAUUCCAAACUCGUGAGAUAUUUUCUUUCUGGUGGAGAUUUUGAUGUGCAGAGAAGUGAUGCUGAGCACGGAAAGGAUUAGCCAAUGAAGUAAGACCCGACCCUUCCAGCCCCAAAAGGACUUACUGACUAAUAGUAGAGAUUUAUGGCCAAAUUAUUUUAUUUAUUGUAUUCAUUUUAUUUUAACAAGUUAUAUAUACUUUAAAAAAAAUCUAAAUCUUAAAGCAGUGUUUUUUUUUUUUAUCCCAUAUAUUUAUUUUAGCUGAGAGGAGGGAAACUACAGGUCGCUUAAAAUGUGUGCAAAGCAUUGUGGGAGUCAUGUGACAGGAACCAAAUAGGAUGAAGCAGUGUGUGGUGAGACAGUGAGUGUAUAUAGCGGCAUGUUUCUUCCACCUCACGUAUAUCCACUCCACUGAGGCCCGAUGAGUCAUUAAAAAACAAUACAGCACAACAGACUUCAUCUUCUCCAGAAAGGAACUUUAACAUCUCAGUGGAAACACAAAAAAACCGAUGCACUACUUUACAGCAUUCAUACUCCUUUUGAUAUGUUAAAAAAACACAGGGUAUAGUCUCAUCACGUACAAUAUGAUUGUGUAUUCACCUCUGCUGCGUCACUGUUGCAUUAGUAUUGCACUCAUUACAGAGUUUGGGAUUGAUGAGAAGAGGUAAUAAGAUAAGAGGAACAUGAGCAGAGGCUUGGCAAAUGACAGAUGUUUUAGAUGUGGGAUUAUUGAAGACAUUUGAUUGAGUGAGUAACAGAAAGAAUAAAUUGCUAGAGGUAAAGGAAAGGAAAGGAAAGCCUGCAUGUGAGAGAUUGAAGGAGGGAAUGGAGUCAUAACGUUUGAACAAAUUGAGAUGGGGGAAGUCUGAAGAAAGGAAAAUGGGAUGAGAUAUGAAGAAAGAGUGAGAGAGUGUGUGAAAAUAUUGAGGACAAAGACACAUUCAUCACACAACCCACGCACUGUCUGCUGUUUCUACAUCCUUCUGUCUCAAAGCCAAGCCAAAGCCGCGUUCCUCAGCUCGUAAAAACCUCACAAAUUUGAUAAAUAUUUAAAAAGAUUAUUGCUUAUUAUAUUAAUUACAGCCUCAUAGUCAAAUGUGCAACACCACCAACGGAGCUUUCUGUGUUUUAACUUGCCAUUUGAGUCAUAAAAGAAAACAUGAUGAAGCAGAAACUUUAUUUAUAGACGCAGGUUGUUUCUGUAUGUUAUGUAGAAAGGGGAAACUGAACAGAGAUGCUCCUCCAGAAUGUAAUUGUGUGGAUAUGGACUGUCGCUGAUUGAGUUUCCUGCUCAUUAACUUUGAUUGGAUUAUUCUGUCUCUUCUUCCGGUGGCCGUGAUCCUGUCUGGCUGCCUGUCUUUCAGAAACGUAAAUGUAUGUAUCCCAGGAAUACUUCAUACCAUGCCCUGCCUUUGUUUUUUGGAUAAAACUAUAUUGUAUCCCCAGCAAAAAACAAAACCAAACUGCAUUUUCUUUCAACCCUCCUCUCUCCUCCAAGAGACUCAUUGAGACGAAAUCAAUGCUUUUAUUUCAUUUUAAAAUAUAUUUUAGACUCGUUUCCACGCCCUCCAAAUUAUAAAUGUAGGUUAAUUGUGUUCCGCGUUAAAGCAAACUAAAUGACCUCAUAAACUUGAUUGUAAAACCAUAGUUUAGUGAUGGUAACAAAGCAAACCAGUGGGAUUUAUUUUUAAUCUUUAUUUACAGAUUUUUUUGUAUUUAAACCUACAUAUUUGUAUUGUAAUUACAUUGUACAAAAGAUAAAUAAAGUAAUAUAAUAUUACUCCUGUU